AUGGAACUCAUGGGCAUUGGUGGUACCUAUAGGAAAUGGAUCCAGGGAUGCUUGUCUUCAGCCCAUUUCGUGGUGCUUGUGAAUGGAAAUGCUAAUGAAUUCUUUCGGGCCUCUAGAGGUAUUCUUCAAGGAGAUCUCUUGUCACCCUUCUUGUUGACCUUAGUGGCCAAAGCCUUCAGUAAAAUGCUCCAGGGUGCAGUGGAUGGUGGGUUCAUCCAGGGCUUACCGGCCUGGCCAAAUGGGAUUGUUCUAAGCCAUUUGCAGUAUGCAGAUGAUGCCCUCCUCUUUAUGAAAGCUAUUAACGAGAAUAUUCAGAAUGUUUGGCUUUUUCUAAAAUUGUAUGAGCUUAUCUCGGGAGCUCGGAUUAAUAGGAAAAAGUCUAAAAUCAUUGGCAUUAACUGUCUUUCCUCUGAAAUGUCAUAUUGGGCUUCGUGGUUGGAAUGUGAGAUUGAAACAUUCCCCACCAAGUAUUUUGGCCUGCCACUCCUUAAUGGGUCGGCCCCUAGGUCCAUGUGGGAUCCACUCAUUCAAAGAGUUGUGGUUAAAUUAGAUGGAUGA